CCCGGGCGCCUGCGCACUCACUCGUUGACCUGCUGCGUGUGGCGGAGCUGUUCGCUCUCACUGUACUUCGGCGUCGGCGGGUGGCUGCCUCUUCACAGAGCCCACCAUGGGCGGCGUGGGGGCUGCAAAUGGCAUCGAUGCGCCUCUGCCAGGAAGAUGCGGGUAUUUCGUGGCAAAGAAAAAGAGAUACUGCAAAAUGAUCGUGGCAGAAGGGAAGCUGCUGUGUGGGGAACAUGCGAAUACCGCUUCAGAUAACAACGAUGAAAACCAACGGAAAAGAAUUCCGUGUCCUCUGGACCCAAAACAUACAGUUGAUAAAGAUAAAUUAGAAAAGCAUCUGAAAAAAUGUAAUUCAAGGGAAAAACCAAAACCUAUUUAUUAUAGUAAAGGUAUCAAUGGGGGCUAUGAGGAUUCAGUAGAGGAGACCAAACAGGUUUCUAUUUGUGCUUUGUCCAAAGGAGAAUUGGAGAAAAUGAUCAGAAAGUUGCUAAAAGUAACCAACAAUUUGGAUUUUCAGCUAACUGAUCGAACAUCAACCCAUACAGCAUUUGAGGAAGCUCUGAAUGAUCCAAAAAAUGGAGACUAUGCCUUUAAGCAUUUGAGGCAGAAGGCUUCCCUUGCUGGUAAUUUGGAAAGACUGGGCUUGCUGGGAUCAAACAGAUGUUAUGUGGAGUUCGGUGCUGGUCGAGGAAAGUUGUCUCAUUGGAUAGAUCUUGCUUUGCAAGGUUCUGAUAAUGUUCACUUCCUCCUUGUGGAAAGGGCCACUACUCGUUUCAAGGUAGAUGGUAAGCACAGGCAUCAAGGCUCAACAUUUGAGCGGCUUCAUAUUGACAUAGAAGAUCUCAACCUAAGUAAUGUGCCACUUCUAGCAAGUGAAAAGUUGCCAGUGGUUGGAAUUGGCAAGCAUUUGUGUGGAGCUGCAACAGAUCUUGCACUGAGGUGUCUAUUGAGAAAUUAUAAAACCAAGCAGGAGGAUGCUGACGAAGAACCCCUGAAGAAAAGAUCUAAGGAUGAAAUGGAGACAAGUGGACACCCUUUGAAUCUUCCUAACUGUACUGUUUUGAACACUCCAAAUGGACUGUCAGUACUUGGUAUUGCCAUUGCACUGUGCUGCCAUCACAAGUGUGAGUGGAAGCAUUAUGUGGGCAAAGAAUUCUUCUCUUCACACGGUCUUGGUGCAGAGGACUUUAAGAUAUUUCAACGUUUGUCAAGCUGGGCCACCUGUGGCAUGAAAAAGCAUUCCAUUGACAUUAGUGAAGUAGAAUUUGGCAAUGCAGAUGAGAAACUGCAUCUGAAAGAUCACAACUUUGAGGAGGAAAGUUCUGCAUAUGAAGGAGGUGCAGCGUGGAACAGGCUCUUCUAGCCCAAUGAACUGCACUGUCCAGCAACCAAUCACAGGACAAUUUACGGUGACCAAAUAACCUAACUGGUACAUCUUUGGACUGUGGGAAGAAACUGGAGCACCUGGAGGAAACCCACACAGUCACGGGAGAACAUACAAACUCCUUACAGAUGGCACAGGAAUUGAACUCUGAACCCCAACACCUAACACUGUAAUAGUCAUACUAACCAAUAUACUACAACCUAAAAAGAUGGGCAACUUUUAUGUCACCACCUCAUGGACAUUUCAGAUUCUACCUUGGAAAGAAAUUCCUACCAAGCAACAAAGUGCAAGUACGUUUAUCAAUUCAACUGAAACACUUCAGAAGGACGGUCCUUCCCAUUUGCAUCAAUAUUCCAUGCAAAAUCCACUUUAGAAUUUAAGUUUUCUGUGAGUAGCAUUCCAGGUAAUGGUAAAUUACUUUGGGACAUUAUUGCGCAAAGCAAGGGAAGAAACUGAAGGUGGAUGCUUCCACUGUAUUAUAAGUACAAACCAAGCAGUUUUAUUUUACAGCUGAUCACCUUUUAAAUUUUAAAUCCCCUCAGAACACUGAAUGUAGAGGAAAGAGAACACGUGGGACGCCUGUGCAAACUGUUGAUAGACCAUGGCCGGAUCUGGUAUUUGCAGCAGCGGGGAUUUGAUUCUGCUUUGCAGUAUUACACUAGUACCAGCAUCUCACUGGAAAAUG